UCAUAAACCCUGGCCUCAAUUUCUAAACCCCUUAUGCUGCUGCUUCUUCUUCUUCUUCAAGUCUCCCUCUCCCGCCAUGGCUACCCGCCCCGCCACCAUUGAAACUCCAUUGUUCUUGCGCAAAAAUCCAUUGAAACUCUAACAACUCUAUUCAUGAUAACUUCUUGCUGCAAAACUCCAUUGAAACUUCAUUGUUAUUGUGUAAAACUCCGUUGUUGUUGUGCAAAAGCAGGCUUAGUCUCACAGUCUGACUCUCCUUCUCAAACCCUGAAUCCCACAAGCAAUCCGGCACACCCAUCUCUCAUUCUCAAUCUCAGCAAGCGACAUACCCAGUCGGAGGUCCAUGUCAGAGCCACUCUUCUCUUCUUCCUCCUGCUCUUCUAAUCUGUUGCAGAGGUACUCUCUCUAUGAAUUCGGUUGGCCAAGGUUUCAUAGUCAGCUCAAAUUCUACUUCUCGUUGAUGCAAUUGUAUUCGUGUUAGCACUAGAGGUGAGAUUUCUAGCGAAUCCUGCUCCCACGCCCCUCAAGCCUUCAGCCUCACGUUCACGGUUGUUUUGCUAGUGCUCACUACUGCUUAGGUGAGUUAGGCCUCAGCCUCAUGGUGGUUGAGGCUUUUCCUCUUUGCUCCUCAUGGUGGUCUCUGCUCACGCCUCAGCCUCACAUUGGAAAGAGUAAUUACAAUGGUCAGUUUCAUCUUCUUUCCUUGUGAAUUGUGGUGUCUUCCUGUUAUGGAUGUGUCUUGUGAUAUUUUGGUGACUACUACAGCUUCAAAAAGUUCUCCAAAACCCUAGCUCUCUCUCUUGAUCUGUCUUCUCGCUUUAAAAACAUGAAGCUGAAUCUAUUUAUGAGAGUUACUUGAUGCAGUUUUGUUGCAAUAUUUGGUCUACAACGACUUUGUUCAAGUAAUGUUGCUUUGUGAGAUUCUUAUAUUAAAGCAGUCGAGAACUUUUUGGAAGCAUGGUCUUGAUUUCGUGAAGUUUUAUUCAACCAGUGCUUUUAAAGCUUAUGAUUUCUCAAGAGGGAGCAAUGCUUAUGAUUCUGACUACAAAGAUUUGCAGUUUAGGAUGCAGAGUUUUGCGAGAUCUGGUCAUUUAAGUGAAGCUCUGUAUACCUUGGAUUCUAUGAGAGAAAUACAUGGAAAGGCAACUGUUUAUGAUUAUAAUGCUUUGGUAUAUUAUUUCUUAAAAUCUCCAAAUGCAUCAUUCCCAAAGUUGGUCUUUGUUGAGCUGUAUAAUUCCAUGAAAAAAUUUGGUCCUCCUAAUGCAUCAACUUUUAAUACGCUCAUCAACGGUAUGCUUUCUCUUGAUUACGCCGUGGAUAGCUACAUUAUUGCUGAAGAAAUGUAUGCCACUGGGUUUACACCUUCAUUUACGACAUUGUCUAAAAUAUUGAAGAAAAUGUUGGAGGCAGGGAGUUUAGUCGAUUCACUUAGUGUAUGCAAGUUUAUGUUAAGAUUGGAUUAUAAUCCAACUGAAAGCAGCUUAAAUUUAUUGAUCUCUAAGCUUAGCAAAGCUUGCAUGCUUAAAGAGGCAUUUCAAGUGAGCUCUCUUCUUCUGCACAAGGGUCACAGUUAUGGUUCAUAUGUUUAUAAUUCGGUUCUAUGGGCUUUAUGUAGAACUGGUCAGAGUUCCAUCGGUCUAGCGUUGUUUUGUUUGAUGAAGAAAAAGGGUGUUGUACAUAACAUCUGCUCUUAUACCGCAUUAAUUUAUGGAUUUGGUAGAGAAUGCCAAUGGGAAGAUGUUCGAUGCUGCUUAGAUGAAAUGGAAAGUUGUGGUUGUAGGCCCAAUGUUAUAACAUACACUACAGUGAUAAAAUUGCUUUGUGAUAGUGGUAAGAUUGGAGAGGCAUUAGACUUGUUGGCCAAGAUGGAAAGAGAAGGGUGUGAUCCAGACUUGAUCACAUACAAUAUUGUUCUUCGCGAACUUGGUCUUCAAGAUAGAGUGAAAGAGAUUUAUGAGCUUCUUUUGUUGAUUGAUCAGAAAGGGUUUUCCUUCGAUUCACACACAUAUGCUUCUCUGGGUGGAAGUCUUCUAAAAAGGGGUAAGAUUGGUAUUGCUUAUAAACUGAUGUCUGAUUUGAUUUUGACGCGCAUUACUUUGGACGUGGUUGUGUAUAAUAUUUUCCUCCAUUGUUUAUGCUGCAAGAACAAUUCAGAAAAAGCUUUAUCUUUAUUGAAGAAUAUGACAGAAAGAGGCCUUGUGCCCAACAAUGUUUCAUACAACACAAUCUUAAAGGGUUUUUGUUUGGAGAAUAAGGUGCAUGAAGCUUUGGAGCUCUUAGACUGCUUUGAAUGGGGUGCAAAUGGUCCUGAUCUGAUUUCCCUCAAUACCAUUUUGUCUGCUGCUUGCAAAGAGGGCAACUCUUCCACGAUUCAAAGGGUUUUACGUCGCAUGAAAACCGAAUGUCUCCAGCUCAGUGGUGUGAGUUAUGUUUGUUUGAUUCAGCACUUUGCCAAAUUAGGAAAAUCUUCUGAAUGUGUGAAGUUAUUAGAUGACAUGGUGUGUCAGGGGUUGAAGAAAUCCCAUCUCAUAACUUUCAACUCGCUUCUUGGCAAACUUUGCCAUAAUGGGUUUCUUGGAAUUGCAUGGAAGCUUUUCGAACAUCUCAGAAGUAGAGGAUCUCUCAAUAACAAAUCUAGUGUAGAAAUUUACAACACCAUAAUGGAGGCAAUGUUGUGGAGAGGUCAUUUAUAUGAAAUUCUCUCUUUGUUCAAAGCUCUGGUAAUGGAAGGUUGUGAACCUAAUGAGAAUACUUAUAGGAUUCUUCAUAGAGCAAUAUCUAAGGUUAGGUGAGCUUUUGGAUGUUGUAACAUGUAGAUAUAUACGAAAUACCCUGAUUUGCUAAUUAUAUAUUUCUUUUACCCAAUGCUUA